AUGUCGACUAUCAAUGCUCUGCCAGCGUCAGAGGAUACCGAAGCGGAGUCAGAUGCUUUGCAAGUAGAAGAAGAGGAGGUGAGUUCGAACGGGACAGAAAGUCUGCAGAAACGGGUCAUCGGUGGUGAGCUAGCUCGAGAAGCACAGUUCCCCUACGCAGUUUCCCUCAAGGGUGACUUCCCCUACACGCGGCGUAGUACUUACUGUGGUGCGACCGUAAUUGACAGUCAAUGGCUCCUGACUGCAGCACACUGCUUCGGUGGCGAUACCCUCGCCGGUGACACGUACGUUUGA